AUGCCCCAAGCUAACAACGCUUUCGCUUUGACAUCAUACAUUGAUGUUAACGUUUCGCUCCAGAGGUUUUGGGAGCUAGAGGACAUCAGUUCCACAACCAAAUUGGAACCUGAUGAUGAGCAGGUGGAGAAACACUUUCUCGCUACGCACACUCGAGAUGAAAAGGGGAAGUACAUCGUGGAACUUCCAUUCAAGGUCACUAAUCCUGAAUUUGGGGAUACUCUACAAGGAGCUCUUAAUCGUUUCCAAUCGGUGGAACGACGCCUACAACAAGAUGCAAAUCUAAGAGCAAAAUAUGUCAACUUUAUGAGGGAAUACUUCGAUUUGGGGCAUAUGCGCGAACUGCCACCAGAUGAAGUCAAUAAUGCACAACGGUUUUAUCUACCACAUCACCCGGUUUUGGGUCGGAAGCUGAGAGUAGUUUUCGACGGAUCAUUUUGCGACACCAAAGGCAAAUCACUAAACGAUUAUCUCUUUACAGGGCCUAGCAUUCAACGCGAUCUAUUUGCUGUCUGCUUGCGCUUUCGGAUGUAUAAAUUUGUAUUCUCAGCCGACAUAGUCAAGAUGUUUCGGCAGAUUUGGGUGAAUGACAAACACCGCGACUUCCAGAGAAUUGUCUGGAGAGAAAGGCCAUCGGAUCCAAUCAAACACUUUCAACUAUGCACCGUCACUUAUUAUGCCCUGGCGUCACUUAUGGCACCUCAUGUGCACCAUUCCUGGCUGUUAGGGUAUUAG